AUGUUCGUCAACCUGAUCGGUAAUAUGAAAGCAUCCCUAGACAGCAACCCCGAUGCAACGAACCCGUAUAUCCAACAUUACAUUCCAUUCUGCCUUCGAUCGCCUCUCCUAACUCGCGUGGCCAUAUGCACCGCCGCAGGCUGGCUCAAUGUGACGGGCAUGAUUGAUAUGACGGUGGCGAUGGCACAUAAAGGGCAAGCUAUAGCGCUCUUGAAUGACCAUAUCAAGUCAAGUCUGGUAGCCGGAGACGAAGGAAUAGCCGGGGUUGUUCAGCUCAUUAUCAAUGAGUGGUAUUGGGGCGAAAAGCAGUCCCUUCAUGCACAUAUGGGUGGCCUUUGUGAGAUGAUUAAACUCCGCGGUGGGUUUCGAACGCUGGGGCUAAACGGCUUGAUUAGCAAACUUGCCAUAACAGCGGACGUCGGGAUUGCAUUGAGUUUCGAGAUACCGCCUUCUCUACGGGGAGGCAACGAGUUUGACUUCCAAGACAGUACCCAGCCCCCGUUGCAGCUGGCCCUGAACACGCCCCUGAUAUCCACAAUAUCAUCGGGAUCUCUCCCAUACUUUGCUUCAUGUCAUGAGGAGUUCCACAUACACCCCAUCACAGCUUCGAUCCUGGACGACAUGCGCUUCCUUGUGUGCACAGUCCUGGGGCUUCCUGACGACGCUUCCCCAAUCGAACUACAGAAACUGCAUGAGACGUCUAAAUGGACUCAUGACCAGAUGUUGAAGCUUCCGCCGGAUGGCCCUGUAGCGAGACGACCUUCUCCGGGAUCAGCCAAUGCUCCAUCUCCAGCGGUGAACACGGCACUUGAGUCACAAACCAGGGGGGGUAUGGAGGGCAAAAGCAGGUUCAAGGCGGCUGCAUCACCUACGACACAAAUCACUCAGCAGUUUUUCAGCAUAUGUCUCGGGGUUCAGCAACAGGGGACGGGACACAGUUCUGGAGUUGACGCAGGGGAGAUAUCGCAACGGAGAGAGGGAAGUUUUGGAGAAGACUUAGCUAUGCCAGCUAGUGUCGAGGCCCUGGACUAUGUGUACCAAGUCAUCCGGAUAUCGGCAAUCUUGUACACUCGAGCCAUCACGACACGGCGUCCAUUUAGCGAGGUGGUCAGCAUCGACGAUUUCCUGGAGCUCUGGACGACAGCAUGGAGGGUUCCGCUGGCGACAUGGCGUUCUUUGCUGGGAGUCUGCAAUUGGAUGCUUCUGCCUCUGAUAUCCAGUCUGAAGAACACAGGGCAUGAUCUGUGGGUCAAGACCAUGAUGAAUGCUACCCUGCUACAAAUGGGUAUGGGGAAUUGGGAGAUUGCGCGCCGUACCAUGGACGCGGCUAUGCGGCUUCAACGCUGGCUGAAGGAUGGCGACGUCGACGUGAACGAAAACAUUACAGCCUCAAACAUCGAGCCCAAAAGCGGUAGAAGCAGGAGCGGCAGUGCCAAGAACGAGUUUGGAAAGGAAUUCGACGGGCGUCGUGGGAGUGAUGAUAAGCCGAAGAUGACAAGACUGGCGAAGGGAAAGGGAAAGGGAAAGGAAAUGGAACCGAAGUGA